AAUCAAUCCGCCAUGAACAACCUGCAAACACUCCCGCGAUUCCUUCUCCCCCGCCUGAGCUGGCAGACUCCAGCCGCCGCAGCAAGCGAUUGUACACUCCGCCCGGCGAGCCUCCUGCUGUGGGCCUCGAAAAGGCCUCAUAUCCAUGAGCGGCGGGAACAGCAGUCUUGGGCAGGCCCUAAACGACUCCUCCACACCCACAAUGAAGGGCAAAGGGCGCAUGCCAUUGGGCUCGAGGGCCGUCGAUUGGGGAGCAAACCCACGGUUUCACCCAAGCCCAGAAUUCCCAGCAGCAGGAGGGCAUUUCACGCCUCGCCGCCCCGCCGGAAGGAUCAUCACUUUGAUACCCUCAAGCUUGUACAGCGGCUGCAGAGCGAGGGUUUCACCGAAGCCCAGGCAGAGGCCAUGAUGAAGAUCCUGAACGAUGUGAUCGAGGAGAGCAUACAAAACCUCACCCGCACAAUGGUCCCGCGUGAAGACGCGGCCAAGGCCACGUACACGCAAAAAGUCGACUUUGCCAAGCUCCGCAGCGAGCUCCUGUCGACCGACAACACCGAGACCAACACUACGCGCGCCACGCACGAGCGUCUCACCAACGACAUUGCCAAGCUCAGCAGCCGGCUGCGCGACGAGAUUGGCCGCACCCAGGCCAGCGUUCGCCUGGACCUGAACCUGGAGAAGGGCCGCAUCCGCGAGGAGGCCGUGUCGCAGGAGCUCAAGAUCAAGGAGACCGAGACCAAGAUCGAGCAGGAGGCCGCCGCCUUGAGGCAGCAGCUCGAGCAAGUCAAGUUCCAGACCUUGCAGUGGCUCAUGGGGCUGUGUACCGGUUUCGCCGCUCUCAUGUUGGGUUUGUGGCGUUUGUUGAUGUGA